AUGAUUUGUUCAAAAAAGGUGUUGAUUCUCAUUGAUGAUAUAGACGACUAUGAACAAUAUGAAUCAUUGGCAGGACCAUUUGCUUCUGGGAGUGUAGUUAUUGUGACUACAAAGGAUCAGGAAAUACUGAAUAAAAUUGGCAUACAAUCCAAAUAUAGAUACAAGGUUAAUGGAUUGAAUGCUGCUGAGGCACUAGAACUAUUUACCCGACAUGCAUUCCAAAAUGAAGAACCAAACAACGUGUUCUUGGAAAUGUCUAAAGACAUUAUAUGUCAUGCUGGUGGGCUUCCACUGGCUCUGGUGGUGUUUGGCUCUAACUUGCUUAAACAAUUUGAGGAACAAUGGAGAUGGUUCAUCGACAAAUUAGAGCAACAACCCAUUGACAAUGUUGAGAAAAACCUUAUGAUUAGCUUUUAUGCAUUAAAAUCAGUUCAUCAUUUAUUGCAAGAUAUAUUUCUAGAUAUUGCUUGUUUUUUUAUCGGCUGGAAGAGAGAAGCAGUUGUUAAAAUAAUGGAAACUUGCUAUACUUUUGGCAGUCUUAACAUUGACAUUUUAGAGAAACGAUGUCUAUUAACAAUCAAUGACGAUGAUGAGCUGGGGAUGCAUGAUAUGCUUCAAGACAUGGGAAAGAGAAUUGCACAAAAUAACUUCCGCAAUGAGCCAGAAAAUUAUAGCAGACUGUGGGUUUCAGAAGAUAUAUUCGACGUGUUGAAGAAGCAAAAGGGAACAAGAGUGACUGAAGGUAUCAUCCCUAGAACCUUUAAUUACCGCGAGGCACUUGUUGCGACAACCUUCCAAAUGAUGAGUAAAUUAAGAUUCCUCUACCUGAAAAAUGUCAAUCUCAGAGGAAGUUUUGAACAGACAUUUGAAAAUUUAAGGUGGCUUCGUUGGGAAUGUUGUGCUUUGAAGUGCCUACCUUCUGAUUUUUGCCCUCAAAAACUUGUUACCCUGAAGUUGCCUCAUAGCGAAAUGAGAUCAUUGUGGGAGCUAAACAUGGAUUCACAGGUUUUUGAGAAGUUAAUGACUCUAGACAUGUCUUUUUCACUAGAUUUUACUGUAACUCCAGACUUCACUAGAUUAUCUCGUCUUGAAACUUUAAAUCUUAAGGGAUGUAAAAGUUUGAGGGAGCUGCACGUAUCAAUUGGAUGUCUGCUGAAUCCAAGUGAUAACAAGGAAGAUUUCAACAUUUCAUCACCUGGUGCUUCAAAUGUUACUCAUACUCAUUGGAAUGUUUUCUUAAGUUUCAGAGAUGUAGAUCGACGAGAUACGUUUACUGAUCAUUUAUACCAAGCCAUGAAAGGCAGUUCAAUUUCAGUAUAUGUAGAUAAUCCUGAGGUACGCAACAAAAAGGUAGUGUCUCACAUAUUGCCUCGAGCUAUUGGGGAUUCCAAGAUUUUAGUUGUUGUCUUCUCAGAAGAUUAUGCUUACUCAGAUAGGUGCCUUGACGAGCUCGUCGAAGUCCUCAGUUGUUCGAACACAAUGGGAAGAUCACUUAUUCCUGUGUUUUACAACAUUGACCCAUCUGAUGUGAAACACCAAACUGGGAGCGUUAGAGAAGCUUUUGAAAGACAUGAAAUUCGAUUUGCAGGAGAGAUGAACAAAGUGAACGAGUGGCGCCUUGCACUGACAGAGUUUUCAGGCUUUGAAGGAUAUUCUUUUCAAAACAACAAUGUGAACGAUUGGCGCUUUGCACUGACACAUUUUGCCAGCUUUGCACGAUUUUUUCCACAAAAUAGAAUUAACAGGGAUGAAUUGGACAUUAUACAAGAUAUCGUGGAGGAUGUGAAAGCAGAAGUAACUACAAAUGUUUUACAGCAAGGAUAUUUAGUUGGAAUAGAUUCUGCUGUUGAAGAUGUAUAUCAUACACUGAGAAUGAAGUCAAAUGAUGUUUGUGCCAUUGGCAUUUGUGGGAUGGGUGGAAUUGGGAAAAUUACUAUUGCCAAAGCUUUUUACAACAAAUAUUCCAACCAAUUUAAUAUCAGCGGCUUCAUUGACAUUGUAGAACUACAUCCUCAAGAAGGUAGUCCUCUACUUGCUUUACUUGAGAAAACCUUGAUUGAGCUUCUCUGA